GCGCUGACAGCCUGCUGCCGCUGCUGCUGCUGGACGGGAACCAUGGAGGAGAAACACAAAGAUGAGAGCGCCAAAGACCCGCAAUCAGCGUCCUACCAGAGAAGGAUGUGGAGGAAUUUCCAAGAGAAGACCAAACCAUUUUUGAGCCCCAAACUGGGGUCCGAACGACGCAGCGGGGAUGGUAAAAAAGAAAGCGGGUUGUGGAUGUUCAAAAGAAAGAAGAAACAGGUCCUGGACCGGGUCUUCUCGUCCUCGCAGCCCAAUCUGUGCUGCUCAACUCCGCCGUCUUUCGUAGGCGACAGAACCCUGUGCGAGCAGCCGGACUCCAGCGCCGGUAAAGGGCUCGGGAUCUCACCGCUGGCCGCUGCUGAUGGAGCUUCAGUCAGUAAACCGGAGAUUUCCGUAUCCGCGCACGGAAGCCCGAAGCUCCUGGUGUCUCAUCUGGUGAUGUCUCAGCAGAAGAGCUCGUCCUUGGGCUCGACGUGCUUCGAGAAG